GUUUAUAUAUAUAUGGACUGCAGGGUUACGUUACGCGACAGUUUAGUACGUGACCCAGGAGUAUCGAGUAUCAUUUGGAGAAUUGCUUUCGCGAAUAUUCUUUGUGAAGUUUCGCGAGCGUAUGUAACUUCUGUACUUCAAGUGUCUGAAACGUGAAACCUGUUUGAAGAAUACGAAAUAAUUUAUAAAACAAUAGAGACGAAUAAGAAGAAAAAUGGGGAAGGAUUACUAUAAAAUACUUGGCAUAGCCAAAGGAGCAAGCGAUGAGGAGAUAAAAAAGGCUUACAGAAAGUUAGCCUUACGAUAUCAUCCCGACAAGAACAGGAGUCCGGGUGCCGAGGAAAAGUUUAAGGAAAUAGCAGAGGCGUAUGAAGUGCUGUCGGAUGCGAAGAAGAGGGAGGUCUACGACAAAUUCGGCGAGGAGGGUCUCAAGGGAGGCGCCUCUGCCGGCGGAGGCGGAGGAGGUGCCACGUACACCUUCCACGGCGAUCCCAGAGCGACCUUCGCUCAAUUCUUCGGCUCGGCCAGUCCUUUUCACAAUCUGUUCGAAUUUGCCGGUAAUCGCGGAGGAUUCACCUUUCAUGAAGACGACAUGGACAUCGAUAUGGAUCCCUUCGGACUCGGUAUGGGACCACCACGACAAGGUGGCGCCUUUAGAUCACACUCGUUCAAUUUUGCGAGUCCGAAUACUGGCAAAGCUGCCGGCAAAGAUCGUGCGCAAGAUCCAGCUAUCGAACACGAUUUGUACAUCAGUUUGGAAGAAAUUCUACGCGGUUGCACGAAGAAGAUGAAAAUAUGCAGACGGGCCAUACAGCCAGACGGUAGCACCAAGAAAGAGGACAAGCUCCUUACUAUCAAUGUAAAACCAGGUUGGAAAGCUGGUACCAAGAUCACUUUUCAGAAGGAGGGCGAUCAGUCACCAAGAAGGGAACCGGCAGAUAUCGUUUUUAUCAUUAGAGACAAGCCGCAUCCGUUAUUCAGGAGAGAAGGCAGUGACAUUAGGUAUAUGUGUAAACUGAGCUUAAAGCAAGCUUUAUGCGGUACCAUCAUCGAAGUUCCUACGCUAACCGGCGAGAAAAUACCUUUAAAUCUGACGAGAGAAAUUGUCAAGCCGAAUACGGUCAAGAGGUUCCAAGGACAUGGUCUACCAUUCCCGAAGGAGCCAUCGCGGAAAGGUGAUUUGCUCGUGUCGUUUGAUAUUAAAUUCCCGGAAAAUUUGACGCAAAGUGCUAAGGAUAUAUUGUACGACACGCUACCCAAUUGAGCUCAAAUAUAAUGAUGAAUAAAAAAAAAAAAAAAGAAAAAAAUAUGUAUGAUGUAAGGAAUAAUAUCAACGCAAUUGGACAUCUCUAAUCGUCCCGAUCGACGAGCGUAUGAUACGUUUUGUGUGCGUUCUAGUACACAGACGGGGUAUUCAGCGAAGAUGAUGACAACAAAUAUGACAGAACGAUCGAGAGCAAUUAAGUGUCUCCGCGAUUUGUUUGUAGAGACCGAAUUAAAAAAUAAGUCUAUUUUAGUUUCUCCGACGCUGCUUCAAUGUUCGACGAGUUUGAAUUGAAAUUCGACGAAUUGGCGUCUCUAUACAUAGCGGCCUCUUCGCGCGUAACGAUAGCCCAAUUGAUCGACUAAAGAGACGGAUAUAUAUAUUAAAUUGUAUAUUAAAUAAUAUAAUAAUAGAAUUAUUAUAGAAAGAACACAUCUCUAUUAUCAUUAUUAUAUUAUUAUUAUUAUCAUCGCUAAUAUUUGUGUGAUCGUCGCGUCUCGAUCUUUGUUUCCUCUAUUAUACGUAUGAUAUGUGGGUGUAUAUGUGUGCAUGUAUGUGUAGUAUGUACGAAGGUUGUAAGACAACAUAAGAACAGUGCAAUGUCAGAAACUUGAUAUGUUUCAUUUAAUCAAGGUUCGCGUACUUGUAGCAAAUAAAAGCGCGUAAAUUAUCGUUGUUUAAAAAAUUAAUGUUAAUUCACAACGAUGAUACAAAA